AUGGCGGCGCAUCUACCCACCUUCAACUUCAACCCUCUAGCUCCCGUCACGCCUCCGCCCGAACAUGUCUCAUUCCGAAAACCCGCACUUCCCCUAUCAGCUCAACUGAAACGCAAAGCCGCCGAGGCCAACAUUUCCAACGACCAUGUCGCGACAACGAUGAAGAAGGAGGAAUCACCAAAACACAGCCCGUCCAUGGCCGCCCCGCCCAAGCCAACGUCGACUCCCAACGCGAGCGCAGCAGACCCGAACCAGCCGCCUAUGGAUCCCCGAUACAUGGCCAUGGUCUCACGCAUCGCCGCCUACUACCAACAACGGUGUCAAGCCAUCACCAACGCGCAGCAGCAGAGAUGCCAGGCCUGGGCCAACAUGCACAGGCAAAAGUGUCAAGAGAUGAUGCAGGCGGCCAUGUUGGUGGUGGCGUGGUACAUUCGCGACCGGAUCCAGCGGAGACGCCGGAGGCAAAAGCGGCAAUUUCGGACGGGGUUGAGAGCGCAGAGCACCCGGUCCCGCGUUACAAAGGGCGAAGGGGUCCGGCGCUGGGUCAUGAACGUGCCUGAGGGUUUGUCAUCGGCGCACGUCCCGGGGCUCGACGACCUCGCUGACCAAGAGGAGGCCCACUUCUCCAUGGACCGGGAGGUGCCGCCAGACAAGGACGCCAAGUUGUUCGAGAUGGCCGACGGCAUGAUCAGGAGCCAGUACCGCAAGAUCGAGGUGCCCAUCCUCGGCGUGCUCGGCUUCGAGGAAGAUGCGAGUGAGAGCGAGAGCGAGGCAGACCACGACUUCGACCAGCCCAUGGAGGAUGAACUCGAGGAUGGCGAGGGUGAAGAGUACGAAGACGAUGAAGACGAUUUGGACCUGGAUGACGAUUAUGAAGAGGAAGCGGCCGGAUCCGAGGUUGUUCACCGCGGUACGGGCACCGGUACGGAAAGCCGCGCCAAGGACUCUGGCUUGUCGUCUUAA